GUCCUUAGGGCAGGCAGGGCAGCCCCCUGCAGAGGCCUGUGUCAGGAAGGAUUAGCCAGGCCUCCACCCGCCUGGUCAGUGGAGGAUUCUGACUCUGCUGCUGAGGAGGUCAGGGGGCCUGGGUGCAGGAGCCUGGGCCCCACGUUGUGGGGCUGGGGCCAGGCACUCUAUGUGUGGCCCCUCUCAGAACCCCUGCCCAGGCAGGUGGGGGCCUCCAAGCCUUAACCCUAGCUGAUGGGGGAUCAGCUAGUGGCUGAGAGCUCAAGGGAGGGAGGGAGAGAGGAGGCAGAAGCCCAGCCUUGGGGAGCAUCGAGGAGGGAUGGGUGAGAGACGGGAGCACCCCCAGCUGGGGCCAGUCCCAGGGUGAGGGAAGAGCAGGUGUGUCCCAGUCCAGGAGGACUCUGAGGUGCAGGAAGGAGAACUGGACCCCCUGGGUCAGAGUGGAAGCCUGCAGCAGCCCAGUGUGAGGUGGGCAGGGGCCCUGGGCCAGGGCUGUGGCCAUCUGGUCUGUCUCCAGGCCUUCAGGCCACCUCUUGGCCCCUGUGCUGCCCCUUACACGGUGGCCUUCCUUAAAGCCCUGUCUUCCUGAGGACGCCCGGGACUCCAGCCCCUCUCCUCUCCCCACGGCUCAUGGCUCCCUAAUCUAAUUCCAUGGAAGAGCCCAGAAACGCCUGCUGACCUGCUUCCGCCAAGAGCAGCAGAGCCUAUGACGGGGCCCCUGGUGGGGGCCUGGGUUGGCUCUGCUGAUUGCAUCUGAUCUGGCUGGGUGUGGCCCCGGUCGUCAGUGGUCAGCCGGAGAUGCGUGGCCAUCUCCUCAGGGACUGCCACCUCCCACGCCUGACCUUGGCCCCAGGGCUCUGCCAGGAUGCCCAGCCCUGGCACCUGCCUGUCCUGAGCUCUGCAGGCCAAACUCCUCCCCUGGUGUGGGGGGCAGGAGGGCAGCUGCCCGGGACCUUGCAGUCCUUGUUGCUGGAGCCAGUAGAGCCUGGGCAGUGGGUGGGAAGAACGGCAGGGUUCCCCACAGCGUGGUCACGAAGAAUGGGCACGGCCAGGACACCGGUGGCUGGUGUUCAGCCGGGGUCUGCCCACCUCCCAUUCCCUGGUGUCCCGGCCUGGACUCAGGGAUGGGAAAGCCUGUGCUGUCCUGAGUGCCAGGCCAGUAAACAGGGUGGGCUGUGUGGUCCUGGUGGCAGUGGGACCUGGGGUCCUCACCUCAGUGGGAGCUGAGACGGUGGGGUGGGUCCUCCUUGGGCGAGGCCCCUCUCCAGGUCAGACGGCUGUCAUCCCUGCAGGGCAGAAUGCGGGGACAAACGUGCCCUGGGCAUGGGGCCGCCUCCUCCGCCACGGCUCAGUGACCGUGGAGAAAGGUCAGGCUGGGGCUGCAGCUGCAUGAGGGAGACAUGGAGACCCCAACCCAGGCUCAGGGUCCCAUAUCCUGGGCCUGGGCUGGGAGUUGUCGCUGUAAGGGCUCCGGCUUGGCUCUCCUCUCCAGCCACAGGGGCUGGGCGCUGCAGGGAUGAGGUGAGCUUCUGCCCCCACUCCGGGCCACCUGCCUCUGGACUUUGGGGAUCCACUCAGAGGUCCCCAAAAGUAGGGAUGGGGGUGAGGGCAGGGACCACUCCAGGCCCAGCCUCGGUAUCUGUGGUGGGCGCAUGGCGGGGAGGCCCACCCCACACAGGGUCCUCUGAGGACGGUACCCGCAGGCCUUCCAGUUGCGUUCUCUGGGUCCCAGGAGGGCCCUCCCGUUGGUCCUGCUCUUGUCCCGCAGCCCUGACGUGGGUCUGGUGGCCUGGGGCCUUGGGAAACACAGUUGCCUCCCCAGUGCCCUCUGGUCCCCAGCUGGGAGUUCCCUCGGCCUAAAUCCUCCGCCAGCUGGGCUGGAGCUGGGAUUAGCGCAGGGAUUGGGCCCGGGGCUGGGCGGGUCUGAGGUCCUUUGCUCCCCCAGCCUUGGGAGGCGGCUGCGUCAGGGACUUCUUGGUGGCCCUGGAGGGUGUAUAGGCUGGCCUGGGGGCCAUCAGGACAGCAGGUGACGGUCAGGCCAAUGCCAGCCGGGCCCAGGCACAGCCCUGUGGGGGCUUCGGAGGGCCCUGAGGAGGAGGAAGAGGAGGGGAAGAGAAGGCCUCACGGAGUUCCUGCCGUCAGCACUGCCGCUGCCUGACCUCCGCUGCCUGAGGGCCAGUGGGGCCUCUGUGGCCUCCGUGAAGCAGGCCCAGCUGUCAUCAGGCCAUGUCUGGCCCCUGGCCCUCCCCUGACAGCCGGACCAAGGGAACGGUGGCCUGGCUGGCGGAGGUGCUCCUCUGGGUUGGAGGGAGUGUGGUGCUGUCUUCAGAGUGGCAGCUCGGCCCCCUGGUGGAGCGGUGCAUGGGUGCCAUGCAAGAGGGGAUGCAGAUGGUGAAGCUACGUGGCGGUUCCAAGGGCCUGGUCCGCUUCUACUACCUGGACGAGCACCGCUCCUGCAUCCGCUGGAGGCCCUCACGCAAGAACGAGAAGGCCAAGAUCUCCAUCGACUCCAUCCAGGAGGUGAGUGAGGGGCGGCAGUCGGAGGUCUUCCAGCGCUACCCUGACGGCAGCUUCGACCCCAACUGCUGCUUCAGCAUCUACCAUGGCAGCCACCGUGAGUCACUGGACCUGGUCUCCACCAGCAGCGAGGUGGCGCGCACCUGGGUCACUGGCCUGCGCUACCUCAUGGCCGGCAUCAGCGACGAGGACAGCCUGGCUCGCCGCCAGCGCACCAGGGACCAGUGGCUGAAGCAGACGUUUGACGAGGCCGACAAGAACGGGGACGGCAGCCUGAGCAUCGGUGAGGUCCUGCAGCUGCUGCACAAGCUCAACGUGAACCUGCCCCGGCAGAGGGUGAAGCAGAUGUUCAGGGAAGCGGACACGGAUGACCACCAAGGGACGCUGGGUUUUGAAGAGUUCUGUGCCUUCUACAAGAUGAUGUCCACCCGCCGGGACCUCUACCUGCUCAUGCUGACCUACAGCAACCACAAGGACCACCUGGAUGCCGCCAGCUUGCAGCACUUCCUGCAGGCGGAGCAGAAGAUGACGGGUGUGACCCUCGAGAGCUGCCAGGACAUCAUCGAGCAGUUUGAGCCAUGCCCAGAAAACAAGAGUAAGGGGCUGCUGGGCAUCGAUGGCUUCACCAACUACACCAGGAGCCCUGCUGGUGACAUCUUCAACCCUGAGCACCACCAUGUGCACCAGGACAUGACGCAGCCGCUGAGCCACUACUUCAUCACCUCGUCCCACAACACCUACCUCGUGGGUGACCAGCUCAUGUCCCAGUCACGGGUGGACAUGUACGCUUGGGUCCUGCAGGCUGGCUGCCGCUGUGUGGAGGUGGACUGCUGGGAUGGGCCCGACGGGGAGCCCAUUGUGCACCAUGGCUACACUCUGACCUCCAAGAUCCUCUUCAAAGACGUCAUUGAAACCAUCAACAAAUAUGCCUUCAUCAAGAAUGAGUACCCAGUGAUCCUGUCCAUCGAGAACCACUGCAGUGUCAUCCAGCAGAAGAAAAUGGCCCAGUAUCUGACUGACAUCCUUGGGGACAAGCUGGACCUGUCAUCAGUGAGCAGUGAAGAUGCCACCACACUCCCCUCUCCACAGAUGCUCAAGGGCAAGAUCCUCGUGAAGGGGAAGAAGCUCCCAGCCAACAUCAGUGAGGAUGCGGAGGAAGGCGAGGUGUCUGAUGAGGACAGCGCUGAUGAGAUUGAUGAUGACUGCAAGCUCCUCAAUGGAGACGCAUCCACCAAUCGAAAGCGUGUAGAGAACAUUGCUAAGAGGAAACUGGAUUCCCUCAUCAAGGAGUCAAAGAUUCGGGACUGUGAGGACCCCAACGACUUCUCCGUCUCCACACUGUCCCCAUCUGGAAAGCUCGGACGCAAGAGCAAAGCUGAAGAGGACGUGGAGUCUGGGGAGGAUGCCGGGGCCAACAGACGCGACGGCCGCCUCGUUGUGGGAAGCUUCUCCAGGCGCAAGAAGAAGGGCAGCAAGCUGAAGAAGGCGGCCAGCGUGGAGGAGGGAGAUGAGGGUCAGGACUCCCCGGGAGGCCAGAGCCGAGGGGCAACCCGGCAGAAGAAGACCAUGAAGCUGUCCCGGGCCCUCUCUGACCUGGUGAAGUACACCAAGUCCGUGGCCACCCAUGACAUAGAGAUGGAGGCGGCGUCCAGCUGGCAGGUGUCGUCCUUCAGCGAGACCAAGGCCCACCAGAUUCUGCAGCAGAAGCCGGCGCAGUACCUGCGCUUCAACCAGCACCAGCUCUCCCGCAUCUACCCGUCCUCCUACCGCGUGGACUCCAGCAACUACAACCCGCAGCCCUUCUGGAACGCCGGCUGCCAAAUGGUUGCCCUGAACUACCAGUCAGAGGGCCGGAUGCUACAGCUGAACCGAGCCAAGUUUAGUGCCAACGGUGGCUGCGGCUACGUACUCAAGCCUGGGUGCAUGUGCCAGGGCGUGUUCAACCCCAACUCGGAGGACCCCCUGCCAGGGCAGCUCAAGAAGCAGCUGGUGCUCCGGAUCAUCAGUGGCCAGCAGCUUCCCAAGCCGCGCGACUCCAUGCUGGGGGACCGCGGGGAGAUCAUCGACCCCUUUGUGGAGGUGGAGAUCAUCGGGCUCCCUGUGGACUGCAGCAGGGAGCAGACCCGCGUGGUGGACGACAAUGGAUUCAACCCCACCUGGGAGGAGACCCUGGUGUUCACGGUGCACAUGCCGGAGAUCGCGCUGGUCCGCUUCCUCGUCUGGGACCACGAUCCCAUUGGGCGUGACUUCAUUGGCCAGAGGACGCUGGCCUUCAGCAGCAUGAUGCCAGGCUACAGGCACGUGUACCUGGAGGGGAUGGAAGAGGCCUCCAUCUUCGUGCAUGUGGCUGUCAGUGACAUCAGCGGUAAGGUCAAGCAGGCUCUGGGCCUAAAAGGCCUCUUCCUCCGAGGCCCAAAGCCCGGCUCGCUGGACAGUCAUGCUGCUGGGCGGCCCCUGGCCCGGCCCUCCGUUAGCCAGCGGCUCCUGCGGCGCACAGCCAGCGCCCCGACCAAGAGCCAGAAGCCGGGCCGCAAGGGCUUCCCGGAGCUGGUCCUGGGCACACAGGACACAGGCUCCAAGGGGGUGGCAGACGACGUGGUGCCCCCCAGGCCCGGACCUGCUCCGGGAGCCCCAGCCCAGGAGGGGCCCGGCAGCGGCAGCCCCCGAGACACCCGCCCCCUCUCCACGCAGCGGCCGCUCCCCCCACCGUGCAGCCUGGAAACCAUUGCUGAGGAGCCCGCCCCAGGCCCUGGCCCCCUGCCACCAGCGGCUGUCCCCACCAGCUCUUCUCAGGGACAGCCCCCGUACCCCACAGGACCCGCAGCUAAUGUGGCAAGCCCCCCACAGGACACUGAGGAGCCCCCAGAGGACCCGGAGGAGCCCCGAGACCGCGGGCCUCGGCCAUGCGAUGACAAGGGCCCUGGCAGGGCGUACGAGGGGGCCCCUGACAGCCAGACAAACGGCAGGAGCCAGCCCCGGACCCCGGGCCACCUGCCCGUGAUUAGAAGGGUGAAGAGUGAGGGGCAGGUGCCCACGGAGCCCCUGGGAGGAUGGCGGCCCCUGGCCGGUCCCUUCCCGGCCCCUGUUGUGUACUCUGACGCCACGGGCAGUGACCGGCUAUGGCAGCGGCUGGAGCCAUGUGGCCACCGAGACAGCGUUUCCUCCUCCUCCAGCAUGUCAUCCAGUGACACUGUCAUUGACCUCUCCCUGCCCAGCCUGGGCCUGGGCCGCAGCCGUGAGAGCCUCGCUGGAGCCCACAUGGGACGCCUGCCCCCCAGGCCCCACUCAGCUUCAGCUGCCCGCCCAGACCUGCCACCUGUGACCAAGAGCAAAUCCAACCCCAACCUGCGGGCUACGGGCCAGCGGCCUCCCAUGCCUGAUGAACCGCGGCCCAGACCCCUGGCCCCACGGAUGCCUGGCCUCCCCUUCCGGCCUCCCCGGGGCUGCCUUUCCCUGGUGGGCCUGCAGGACUGCCCCGUGGCUGCCAAGUCCAAGAGCCUGGGGGACCUCACUGCUGAUGACUUUGCCCCUAGCUUUGAGGGCGGCUCUCGCAGCCUGAGCCACAGCCUGGGCCUCCCGGGAGGGACACGGCGGGUGUCGGGGCCAGGGGUGAGACGAGACUCCCUGACAGAGCAGCUGCGCUGGCUCACAGUCUUCCAGCAGGCAGGAGACAUCACGUCACCCACCAGCCUGGGCCCGGCUGGGGAGGGGGUAGCAGGCGGCCCUGGUUUUCUGCGGCGCUCCUCCUCCCGCAGCCAGAGCCGCGUGCGUGCCAUUGCCAGCCGGGCCCGCCAGGCCCAGGAGCGGCAGCAGAGACUGCAGGGCCUGGGCCGGCAGGGACCCCCAGAAGAGGAGCGGGGCACCCCCGAGGGCGCCUGCUCCGUGGGCCACGAGGGCAGUGUGGAUGCGCCAGCACCCUCCAAGGGAGCCCCUGGGCCAGCAUCCGCGGCCGCUGAAAACCUGGUCCUGCUCCGCCUCUGACCCUGUCAGUGGUGGGAACCUGGGCGGCUCUGGAGACCCAGGGUAGGGGUGGGCGUGUU